UCACCGGAUAUACGUCACCCUAACAUUCGCAGAUAAGAAGUGCUCUGCCUUUAUCCUUCCCCUGUGUGAUCGAUCACUGUAAACGGACUUUCAAAUGAUUUUGUUAUUUAGGAGUAGGACUAUCUACAAGUUAUCCACUGAACGUGCUGUAGCAAUGGCAUGACAAGCAGGGUUAACGGUUCAAAGGGAGAGCAUUUGCGUUAAAGCGGCCACAUAUGGAUAUAUUGGCAGGCAGCUGGGUUCGUACUCAAGACAACCUAAUUGCGACCUGCUAUACUGACGAGCCAAGAGUUUACAUAACAUUUCAGAUCACCCAGAUUAGAACACGUGAAAGGAGCACCUGUGUUCCACGUAGAAGAUCGCCAUGAGGAGGUGACAGUGAGUUGACGAUCUUCCGCGGACAUAUGGCAAGGAUCAGUUUCUCCUGCCUGCCGGCCUCCUGGUACUGCAGCGUGUCCCUGCUGUCGCUGGGCUGCCUGCCCAGGCAGAGGCUGCUGUUCCUGGGCUUGCUGGUCUGUUCCUGCCUGGCGCUGCUGGGUCUCUACCAGGCUCAGCCCUGGGGGGCUCAGCACCGCGGCGGCCGCAUCAACAAGUACCUCUCCAUCGUGGAGACCAUGGAGGCCACAGACGUCAACAAUGCAGUGCUGAACUAUGGGAUAGUGGUGGACUGCGGCAGCAGUGGCUCCAGGGUGUUUGUGUACUACUGGCCCCCCCACAACGGGAACCCCCACACACUGCUGGACAUCAGGCAGAUGAGGGACAGAGACCGCACCCCCGUGGUCAAGAAGAUCAAGCCAGGUAUCUCCACCCUGGCUGAGGCUCCAGACCGGGCCAGUGACUACCUCCAGCCUCUCCUCAGUUUCGCUGCCGCCCACGUCCCUCGGGCCAAGCACAAGGAGACCCCCCUCUACAUCCUGUGCACGGCCGGCAUGAGGCUGCUGUCUGACGGUCAGCAGUCUGCCAUCCUGGAGGACCUGGUGUCAGACGUCCCUAAGGAGUUUGACUUCCUGUUCUCCCGCUCCCACGCAGAGGUGAUCUCUGGGAAACAGGAAGGUGUGUAUGCAUGGAUUGGCAUUAACUUUGUUCUCGGACGCUUUGACCAUGCAGAUGAUGAAGAUGACGCAAUGGUGGAGGUCACCACGGGGUCACAGGCCCACCAACCAAUCAGCCGAAGGCGCACCGUGGGCAUCAUGGACAUGGGCGGGGCCUCGCUGCAGAUAGCCUAUGAGGUGCCUUCAGCCAUCACCUUCAGCUCACCGGAGCAGGAGGAGGCAGGUAAGACUCUGCUGGCAGAGUUUAACCUGGGCUGUGAUGUGGAGCACACCGACCACGUGUACCGUGUCUACGUCACCACCUUCCUGGGCUUCGGAGGGAACAUGGCCCGGCAGCGCUACGACGACCAGCUGGUCAACAACACACUCGCCAGGAACAGGCUGUCGGGUGAGCAGAGGGGCCUGUCGGAGUCCUCCGCCCUCCCAGACCCGUGCCUGCCCGCGGGGCUGACGGACGUGGUGGAGAGGGAGGGCACCAGGGUGCACCUGCGGGGCCAGGGGGACUGGGGCCGCUGCCAGGGGGCCGUGAGGCCCCUCCUGGGCCUGCACAACGGGACCAUGUCCCCCUACGGGGUCUACCAGGCUCCCAUCGACUUCAAGAACAGCGAGUUCUACGGGUUCUCUGAGUUUUACUACUGUACCGAGGACGUCCUCCGCAUGGGAGGCCAGUACGACAGCCACAAGUACUCACGCGCUGCCACGGAGUACUGCGCCACCAAGUGGUCGACUCUGAAACAACGGCUGGAGAGUAAGCUGUUCUCUCAGCAGGCAGACGUCUCCAGACUCAAGUACCAGUGUUUCAAGUCUGCCUGGAUGUACGAGGUCCUCCACUCCGGGUUCCGUUUCCCCGGAGACUACGCCAGCCUGAAGACGGCCCAGCGAGUCUACGACAAGGAGGUGCAGUGGACCCUGGGAGCCAUCCUCUUCAAGACCCGCUUCCUGCCUCUCAGGGACCUGCAGCAGGAGGUGUUCCGCCAGGCCCACCCUGGAUGGCUGCGCUCCUCCUUCAUGUAUCACCACCACCUGUUCUCCCUGUGCAUCCUGGUGGUGCUGCUGGCCAUCCUCCUGUACCUGCUGCGGCUUCGCAGGAUCCACCAGAGGGAGCUGAGGCAGGCCGAGGCCCUGGACCUGCUCUGGGUGGAGGAGGGGGAGGCCCUGCUGCCCUGACCCCUGGACCUGACCCCUGGACCUGCUCUGGGUGGAGGAGGGGGAGGCCCUGCUGCCCUGACCCCUGGACCUGACCCCUGGACCUGACCCCUGGACCUGACCCCUGGACCUGCUCUGGGUGGAGGAGGGGGAGGCCCUGCUGCCCUGACCCCUGGACCUGACCCCUGGACCUGACCCCUGGACCUGCUCUGGGUGGAGGAGGGGGAGGCCCUGCUGCCCUGACCCCUGGACCUGACCCCUGGACCUGCUCUGGGUGGAGGAGGGGGAGGCCCUGCUGCCCUGACCCUGACCCCUGGACCUGCUCUGUGUAGAAGGGAAGACUCCCACCCUGAGGGCUGUAUCCUGGCCUCUCCUGACCCUGAACCCUCGACCUCUCGACCGCUCGACCUCUCGACCUCAGACCCAUCCUAGUGGCUGCUGCUGACCCAGACUAAAGGAUUCUGGUGACCUGGAGCCGAGCUGACCUCUGACCCCUCAGGCAGGAUGGAGGGACUGAGCAUGCUCAGACCCUGGGAAGGGAGAGGAGGAUCGAGGUUCCAGGAAAUUAAAACAUUUAAAACUGAGCAAACUAAACAAUCGGAGCAGAAGGGUGAUCAGAGCCGGCGGGGGAAGCCGUUUCUCAGAACGUUUCUUUCCUUCAUGUUUUUGUGUCGUUCUGCGGUUUUUAAAACGGCGCCACCUGUGUCGGACAUUUUGUCUUGUCGUCAUGACGAGUCUGUUUGGACAGUACUGUAACAAUGACGACGCCCUCUGCGCUUCUGACUAGGACGGCAUUUCCUGUGAAACUUGAAAGCGAGAGAUUAAUCAGGAAUUUCUCGCAGUGGGACGAUGAGGUAAACAGCUUUACAGACGAAAAAUUUAUAAAAUAAUAAUCGUACGACGACGGUCAGUAGAUUCUUCUCCGAUGUUCUACUGUUUUGUAAUAUCUGUACACUUCGAUUUUGGCAGGUUUGAACUCCAGCCAGCCAGAAAACAAGUGUUUGUGGUUCACAGUGGAAAAGUGAAUUGAAAUCAAUGUGUUGUGGAGAUCGAUCGAUCUCCAUCCCUCCCUCAUUGAUUAGAAUGACAGUUACGAUGUGGCCUUGUUGACAGUUUUUUCCUUGUUUCUACACCUCAGAGAAUUGUGUUCUUGAGUGGUUGUUUGUGGAUCCAGAUCAUGUAUUUUAUAGGCUUUUUUUAGUCAGAUUUUUAGUCACUUGGUUGUUUAUUUCUGUGAGGAUAGCCUAACUGUUUGCUGUUCCAUUUUUAACAUGUGACCGCUUCUAACAAGGGACCAAUGAUGUGCGACCUUAUGGUGCUCGUUU